UUGAGAAUUUUGGAAGUAAUGGAUGUUAGGGAUAAUUAUUGCGGAUAUAAUGGAUGUUUGAGAUUGCGGGAAAAUGGAUGUUGGGAUAAUUAUGGUGGAAAUAAUGAAUGUUGGGGGAUAGUUGGGAAUUGUAAAAUGAUGUUGGAGAUUGUUGGGAAUUGUGGAAGUAAUGGAU